CCCCAACAUGAGUCAACCUUUGGGUCCGUAGCCAUUUUGGCUCCAGCCAUUUUGGCUCAAAAAAGCUGGUUCCAAGUAGGGCCAAGCGUCUUGGGAGACUGCCACGCGAUCCGUCCGAGAUAUGCCGAAGACCAAGCCUCCUAGCCUCAAGGCGAAGUUCGCCCAGGUGGACAAGGAUGGCAGCGGCAAGAUCAGCCUGGACGAGUUCAAGGCGCUCCUCAAGCAAGGGGACCCAAACAUCUCCGAGUCGUCCGUGAUGACCGUCUGGAAGAAGUGCGACAAGGACGGCAGUGGAAGCAUCAGCUCUAGCGAGCUCGCAGACUACCUGAGCAGCGGCGACAAGUCCGACUUCAAGCACCCCGGCAUGUCCCCUGCGUGCAAGACGUUCUGCGACGUCUUCGCGAGCCUGACGCUGCAGAGCGAGGCCGGGAAGGAGGCCCGCGCUCACGCCUUCACGGCCUGCGACCCCAACGGCAAUGGGUACGUGUCCCUCGCCGAGGUAGAUGGCUGGAUCCAGAAGGUCUUGAUAACCUACUUCGCGCAGGGCGAAUGCGACGGAGAUCCCAAGGAGGAGGGGACGCGCAUCUGGAAGUGCUUCCGGCCUUCCUACAUCCGCGCCCACACAGAUGCGAAGGACGUGGCAGAAUCGAAGACGUCUCACAGCGACGACUACGUGACAGCGAAGGAGUUCCGCGUCCUCUGCACCUACCUCAUCCUGUACGCGGCGAUGUACGACGCCUUCGCCCUCAUCGACGGCGGUGGUGGCACCGUCGAGGACAAGUCUGGCGACGAUCGCAGGAUGACGGCGGAGGAGUGGGCGGCAGGCUACAAGAAGGUGGCAGACCAUGGCUUCAUCGGCCUCAAGAAGGCGGCUGCAAUGGACGCCGCGGGCGCGGCGGACGUGUUCAAGAAGAUGAACAGCGGCAGGGACGCCGAUGGCAAAGAGUACGGCAACGACAACGUUGUGAUGCUGGCAGAGUUCUGCGCGUACGUUGAGGCAGAAGAGAUUUCGGCGGGGACGGCGUGGGGAAAAGUCCUGAGCCUGUGAGGCAGCACCGAGGCGAGGGGCAGAUGACUUGAUUGCUGAGUGUGGGCGUCUCGCCCUCCCCUCCCUCCUCUCGGUGCCCGAUUCAGCCGACCCGCUUCCCAUAAGAAGGGGCGGCCAGUGCGCUUAAUGCAGCGCGCGUUCUAUGGCUUCUGCGAUUGCGGAUCGGCGCAGCCCGUUUGGCUACGUGCGCCUUGGCGUGGUUCGCCCAGUCGUGAAACAGAUCUAACCCGGGAGCCCCCGUGGAGCCAUCUUGUGGCGCUCAAGGGGCCAUUCUUGGAGCGUUUGCGGCAAUCUUCUCCUGAGGCCCUCUCGGGGGCCUUCCUGUGCCAUCAUGUGCCGAUCCAGGAG